UUAUUCAAUAAAGCUUGCUGAGAAACAUGACACGAAGCUCUCAUUCACGGGGCUCUGUUAGCCAACACCCGUCGCCAGUGUUUCCAUGACAACGGACAACAAACACCUAAAUAGACGCCAUUCAAUUUAGAAUUUGCACAUAAAUAGGCUAGGUUCAUAUAUGAAAGUAACGCAAAGGCAUAGCUUGCAUCCAGUCUUUACCAUCAGUUAACUAAGGAUAAAAGUUAGAUUUCGAGAAAAAAUAUUUUUUUUCGGCAACAUUAACCUGGGACCAUGCAGAAACGUGAAUCGAGCUCCACGUCUUCCAGGACCAGAUUUAAUCAGGGCAGAUACCGCAUCCUGGCCCCGGUGUCUCGGGUAGACGAAACCCUGUUUGAGAGCUCAAAACCGUUGAACAUACAGAAGAAUUCUGCUCCAUUGGCCAAAGGCUGGUCCCAGAAUAAAGAUGAAGGAAAGUUCAUUGAAAUAAUUGGCAAAGACUACAUUCGCCGUCUCAGGAUACGACAAGAAGAUCCUCCAAGAGAGUCAAUCACUCUUAAAUCAGCUGAGUUUGAGCCGAUCGCCUCAACAGCCCAGUGGCUCAACAGGGAGAACAGACAGGCCUUAAGACAGGCUUCUGAGAGAGAGAAAGAGCAGGAAAGGAUAAGAUACAGUACUUCAUAAAAUAUAAUUAUUUGAGUUUGCAAAUAAAUAUUCCAGCUUUACUCUUGUUUUUGGCCAUUUCUGAUGUAGAAAGCUGCAGAGGAAAGGAAGCGUGAAAUCAUGGAGGCAGACCUCUACCGCAACAACAACCAUGUACUGUCCGACCUCAACCUGGAGGCCCAGGACCGUGCACAGCACCUGAGGGAGCGGGCCGAUUCUUUAAGGAUGGAGCAAGAGGAUGAGGUCAAAAAGCUUAACCAGCUGAUUCUCGGGGCUCAGUGUCAAGCCAUACUGGACGAGCAAAUCCAGGAGAAGAAACAGAUCCAAGUUGAAUUGGCUAAGGAAGAGAAGCGUCUGGACACUUUGAUGGAGGUGGAGCGCUGCAAGGCUUUGGAGAUUGUCGAGAAGAUUGACAAGCUGCGCAGAGAGCAGAGGAUCAAGGGAAUGCAGGAAAUUCACAACCAAAUCCAGGAGCGUCAAGAGGAGAAACUAAUUGAAAAUGAGAUGAAAGAGAUGGAGAGAAGUCAGAUUCGUGAGAAGCAGGAGAGAAUGAUCCUGGAAGACCUCAAGGGUCUGGAGAAGAAACGGAUGGAGCAGCAGCUUCUGCAAGAACAAAUUCUGCGUAUCAACACUAAGACUAUGCAGGCCAAAGAGAAGAGGAUCGAAGAGGAGAAGCUGGCUAACCUGAAGGCUAUGGAAUACAUGAAAAAGAAAAUGGAGCGGGAGGCAGAAUAUGAGAAAGAGCAAAUACAAAUCAAAAAGGAGAAGGAGCUGGAGAUAGCUCGGCUGAGAGCCCAGCAAGAAAGAGAAAAAGACUACAAGGCAGCGCAGGAUGAGAUCCGUGCUCAGAGGAACCAAGAAAUAGCAGAGAGAGAAUGGAGGAUGAAAGAGAAAGAGAUGGCUGAAAAGAAAGUGCGCGAGGAAGCGAUGCUGAAGGCGUCCCGUUUGGAGCAGAUUAAAAACAAGGAGCAAUGCCAGUCCAUUGAGGCUGGCAGGGAGAAAGCAACAUUUGAGAGGGUGCUGAAGGCUCAGCAGGAAGCUGUGGUUAAGCAGAAGGAGCAAGAGGAGAAGCAGCAUCAGAAAGCACAGCUCCAUGCCCAGGCCAUCCGCCAGCAGAUCAAGGAGCGCGAGAUCUCAGCCGUAGCCAAGCGCAGAGAAAUCUUCCAGGAGGCAGAUCGGCUGAUGGAGGAGGCAAGGCAGAGACGUAUACGCCUCAACAAAAUCAAAGAGAAGAAGCUCAAAGAACUCAAGUCUACAGGGAUCUCAGAAAAAUACUGUGUUGAAGUGGAGAGGAAGGCUGAGAAGACACUCCCGGCUUGAAAUACUGUGAUCUGACUUCGAUCAAUCGUCAUUUCAAGAAAAAGAAACUUGAAAUUGCAUUACCCAGAAAUGUAAUAAAGACUACAAUUACACUUUU